AUGUCCGAAGACACAGCAAAGUGGCAGAUCGCACACUCCUUUGCCGAAGGGUUCAAUGCUACGUUCUCAGACCUUGAAUCGCGCAUCAGUGUUGCUGCCGCGAUGGAGCCAUCUUCCUCCGAAAUCAUCCAAGGUUUAGCUGCGGAAGUCGCUGCACUAUCUAGAAGACUGUCUGAUGUCCUGGGUACUUUGCCUAGCUACGAUCAGCGCCAGCACGAACAGCGCGUGAAAACAUUAGAACAAUCACUAGAGAAGCUCAGAGCAGCACAGCCAAAGUCUAAAUUCACGUUCAAGCGAAAGGCAAAUGGGUCUGGGAAACCUCCGUCUUCCCAUAAACCCAGUGAACUCCCCCGCCCGGAGGCCCCAUCCUCGUCGAAUCUCAUCUUGAGCUCUCAUCACGAUGCGUACCUGGGAUGGCACAACAUACCUACUCCUAUGGCUGGAAGCUCGUCGGACGCAACGAUACGCGAUCUAACGAAUUGCAUUGUCAACUUGGCCUCUCAGACGACUGACGGUGUACAAAUCACCGCUCUACACAUCCACAACCUCAAGAACUGUUUGCUACUCCUUCCUGACAUCACUGGAAGCGUGAUGCUUCACGAUCUCAACCGCUGCAGCAUUGUGGUUGGAUGCCAUCAAUUCAGGAUGCAUACCUCCAAGGAUGUCGAUGUCUUCGUAUCGAUCUCGUCUUCGCCGAUCGUAGAGGGUUGCAGCCGUAUCAGAUUUUGUCGCCGUCCUGAUCCCAACAGCCGGCAGCUGCAGAGCGAACCGCUAAUGGUGCAGGACUUCUCUCACAUCCGGCCAACUCCUUCCCCGAAUUGGUCUCUGCUUCCAGCCGGUAGCACGCCACCCACCAGCCUGCCCGACAGUGACAUGGGGCCAGAUGAAGUAGCCACGCUUCUCGAUGUCACCCUUCCUCCUGGGAUUUGA